UUGUAUUUGUCAGUAAUAAAUACAGCGGUGCUUUGCGGAUGGUAAUAAAAGGCUGACUUGCUGACAGUCAUCCGGCCUCCUUGCUAUUCCGCCGACAUUUCAGAAUGUUUUUCAACAGACUGAGACUUUCCCCACAAACUCACCGUUUCAAGCGCAGGUAAACACUGACAAGAACGCCCCAGUAGAUGGCAGCGUUGGACGGCUCCGCCAUACUUGUGCAUUCUAUUCAUGAAGUAGACACUUUUGAAACGUAUUUGUCGGACAUUUAAUGUACCAGGAUAUUAAAACAGAACGUAAACUGAAAAAAAUAUAAACGGGGAUGUCUGACUACACAUAAUUAAAUGAGGCUUUUGUUUGAGUUUCCUGGUUUAUUUCAAUGAGAACGUCAUAUACAUGUCUAUGACGCCAAGAAGGGGUCAUGUCCGACAUUUUAACCUAUUUUAGCCUAUAUCGUUCAACGUAAAUGUGUUUCAGCAGACUCACGAUUAAAAAAAAUCGAAUGUUAUUUAGGUCUCAGCUGUGAUUUCACAAUUUUACUUUGAAUUCAUUCUAUACAUGAACUCGUAGAGUUAUUGUUGAUUGAGCUUUGACAGACAGCGGGAGGCUCAGUAGGCGGGACUUCCGGGGCCACCCCACCUGGACGAGAGGCACCUGAAGGGACAAACAACAGAGCAGAGACGCACAAGACGACCCGCAGAGGACAGGAGACACUUUGCAGGACAACAGAGGAUACCCAACUCGUUUCUCUUUUAUAGGAAAUAUUUUUGCUUUGCUUUUAGGAAUCUUUUGGAAUAGGAUCACCGUCUGUUGGUUUUAUUUUGGAAGUAGUGUGGAUUGUAUUUUUAUUUCUAAAAGUACAACGAUGCGCGUACACAGGAUAUCAAAGAUCGUGUUUCUGGCUGUGAUGUGUCUCCAUGCAUCGACUGCCAUUCCUGCUUCAGGAUGUGAUACAGUUGAGUGCGACAAAGGUCAGAUGCCUCCGCUCCCUCAGUCAUCCCAGCGGCCCCCUCGGGACUUCUUGCAUCAGUUUACCCAGGUGAACUCGCCAAAUAACGCAGACCAUAAACACCGUGGCGCCGGUGCUGUCAUGCCCUUCAUCGGCCUUACCAAUAGUGCUGAGCAGAGUCGAAGCUGUUGUCAGAACGGAGGGACUUGCAUCCUGGGCAGCUUCUGUGCUUGUCCUCCUUUCUUUACUGGCAGGAGCUGUGAGUACAAUCAGCGCAUCAGGCGCUGUGGUGUGAUUCCGCAUGGUGAAUGGGUUCGGAAGGGCUGCUCCUACUGCCGCUGUGGUUAUGGUUUUCUGCACUGCUUCCCCCACGUCUUCCAUAAAGACUGUGAUGAUUCUGAGGAUGUGCACUGGUAUCGUUCCUCCGCCGCCAGGAUGCUUCAGAGCAGCUGUUUACUGAGCGUGACACUGCUUCUUCCACUUGGCCUUUUUCUUUGAUGUUUCUGUGCUGCUGGGCAGAAACGAGACAUUUCCCAACCUGGUUGGAACUCCGAUUAUGUUUGAAAAACUAUUUAUUUGAAAAUCCUUCCUUACGUGCUUCUCGUUCUAAUGCAUCAUUUGAGGUUUUGUUUACAUUUCAGUGAAAGCCUGCCACCCACACUUGGUGUAUCUGCCUUGAACAACAUUGACAAAAAUGAUGUACAUAAAGUUUUUAUGAAAAUGAUAUUUUUUUUUGCAUUUUUUUAUGGCUACGGGCUGUAAUUUUUGUCUUUGUGAAGGAAAGAUGUCUGUUUUUGUUUUGUUUUGAACUUUGUGUUGCACAUGUGACACUUGAACGACAGGGUAAAACGUGUAUGCACUAUGUGUUUAUUAAAUAUGGGCUUGUGUCGAAACUGCCAGUUGCUGUGUGAAAACUAACUUUUAACUGUCCGUCACCACUCAGGGAUGAAAUACAAAAAAUGGGGCGAUUGUGCUUUUGCUGUGUUUGCCCCCACACUUUGGAACUCCCUUCCACCUGCGCU